AUAACCUUAAGCUUAAACUAGAUACAUUAAUAGAUACGAGCCCGUAAAGAUGGGCGAUGUUGACAUAGAGUCCAAGAUCCAACAGGAUCGUGAGAAAGGGAGGAAGGAAUGGGAUCACCCAAUCUCCUUCAUUCUAGCUGCAGUAGGUUCUGCUGUAGGUCUGGGAAACGUCUGGAGGUUCCCUAACUUGGUGUCUCAGUACGGAGGCGCUCCAUUCCUCAUUCCCUACUUCUUCAUCUUGAUAUUCGUGGGAAUGCCUAUCCUCGGAAUGGAGCUGAGUAUUGGAACCUUCUACCAGGCCGGAGAUGCUGACGCGUUCGGUUCCAUGAACCCCAGACUCAGGGGUAUAGGACUGGCGAGUGUGUUUGCAGGCUACACCAUUACUUUCUACUACUGUAUUAUCCUGGGGUAUGCUUGUAUUUACUUUGUGGAGUGCUUCCACAAAACCGACGCAAUACCUUGGUACGACAAUCAAGCAGCUCAUUUCGACGAUAUUUCCAUGACAGCUGGUAUGGCAGCUAGAAAGCUAGCAGACCCAUCGACUGAGUUCGACUGGCUCGGUACUUUCAACUGGAAAGUGUUUGUUGGCAUCACGGUGGUGUGGAUACUGAUCUUCCUGAGCAUCUUCAAGGGAGUUAAGAGUACGAGCUGGGUUGUAAAGUUCACAGUUCCCCUUCCUCUGCUCAUACUGCUCAUUCUCAUCAUCAGAGGUGCAUUCCUAGAUGGAGCAGGGGAUGGUAUUAAGGCUUACCUGAUCAAAUGGGACGGCAGUACUUUGAAUGACCCUGUCAUAUGGACUAAAGCUAUCGGCCAGGUAUUUUUCUCAUUGGGUGUGUGUAUGGGCGUGAUGACUGCCUAUAGUUCUCACAACUCCAAAAGUAAAACUAACGUUGCAAUGAGCGAGAAGGCCAUAUCUCUCAGUGACACUGGUAUUGCCCUGCUGGGAGGAUUCGCCAUCUACGAGGUUUUGGGAUAUAUGCAGAAGAAAUGUGAAAAAGAUUCGGCUACAGGGGUAUGCGCUGAAAACUACUACAAACAAGCCUCUAUGGGACUAGCUUUCAUCGCUUACCCUUCAGGAUUGGCAACUCUUGAAGCUCCUCAGUUUUGGGGUAUCAUUUUCUUUGGAUGUCUCAUAAUGUUGGGAAUUGAUAGUGCUUUCUCUCUGGCUGAAUGCUUUGUCACUUUCGCCAAGGACUGCUGGAUAGGAUUGAGGCUGCGACCCAAGACCUGGAUGGUUGUGUUGCCGACCUGUAUUGUUGGGUGGCUGGCGGGACUUCUCUACUGCUACGAUAGUGGUACAGUUUAUCUAGAUAUCAUUGACAACUACCUGAACAACUGGGGGAUGGUGCUUAUAGGGACCCUGGAGUGUUUUGCAGUAGGGUGGGUCUAUAAAAUUGAAGAUCAAUACAAACAGGUGGGCAAAUUGUCAGUCAUGGUCUACAACUUAGGCUUCGUUUUCUUCCUCCUUAUCGGUACGAUUGUAGCUUUGGCGAUUCCCGGUAAAAAGCCAACAGAAGGAACAAAAGCGGUACUAGACGCACUACUAGCUAGUUACGGAAAAGAUCAGGGAGGAGCGCUUGGAGUUGGGCUCGCCAUUUUCUUCAUCGGGUGGAUCCUGCUCACCUGUAUAGCUGUUGUACUGAGCAAGGGACCUGCUUCAGGCAUCGGAUCUAAACUGUGGGCCAUCAUGGGAUGGCACGGAGCAGACAGUCUCAGAACACAAGUUAACAACGUAGUCCGAAACAAGGAAAAAGAUGGAGUCUGGGUACCAAACACGUUGAAGAGCGAGAUUGAGGCCCUCUACAGACACGACUGUUUCUGCAUCGCUUUUGGGUUCCUCAUCAAGUACUUCUCAUAUGCUCUGCUCCUUGUCGUUACCUGCAUCAACAUCAAGGGUGAUAUAGAGACGUCGUACGGUGGUUACCCGAGCGACAUGCUCAUUCUCGGUCAGCUGGUGUUCGUCUUCAUGGUGUUCCUGGUGUUGCUUGUAGCCAUAUUCCCUCGUAUCAUGUACGAUCCCAUCAAACACUCUGGCAGCAACUCUCACCUCGGCAGAUUAACAUGGAUGUUCACCCCUAAGCCCUGUCCAUCUGCUGAACCAAAAUAAAGAUACUACUACUACAACUACUAGCACACUGAAACUGUAAUUUAUCUAUUUUUCUUCAAAAAAAACAAACUAUUUUAAAUAUGUAGGAUCACGUGAAACUGUACGUAAUAUUGAUGGACAAGAUUUUUUCAGGAUGUUGACGCCCCUAAACGCUGAUAUUACUAAUAUGGUUCACGACAUACCUGCUGUACCUUCCCCCUCCUCUUAACUCUCACUCCUCCUUCUUACCCCUCCUCUUAACUCUCACUCCUCCUUCUUA